AUGGAAAAGAAAAUAUCACUACCGACAGGUCUCACGACCCUCCCGCCGCCCAAUGCGCCCGCCGAACAAGUCCGCACCUAUAUCACCCAACUCCUCGUCAACAGAUACGACGUCCCCGUCGAUGUCGCCGAGACACAUGCCAGUAAAUGGGAAAUUGGCCGGUUCUCACAACUCACGCCAGCCUCUCGAGAGACUCUACAGCGUAUCUUCGGGGACAAUGUCGGUCUGUGUAUUUUCAGUACGCUCCAGGAGGAUCUAACCGAGUUCAUGAAUAAGAGGCCAUCGGCAAUUAUCAGCGGUUAUGUCGCCGCUGCCUCUUCCUUGGCUCUAGCGUCCGUCGUAUUACUGUUUUUCUUACCGGAAUUAGGAUUGCAGUCUAUGCAAGGUAACUUUCGGAUCCUCUUUGGGUAG